AUGAUCGCCGACGGAAUGAAUCAGGGUCGAAUAUCGAAACAACUCUCCGACAUCUUGAAGGAGCGCUCAGUUUCAUUAGCCUCCCUAGCUAGCUAUCACAUUGUUUUAUCUAUCUAUCUAUCUAUCUAUCUAUCUAUCUAUCUAUCUAUCUAUCUAUCUAUCUAUAUUAUUGAUGUUUAUGUGUGUAUGUAUAUAUGUAUGUAUAUAUCCAACUAUCUCUCUAUCUGGACUUCCACUUUAUCUCUAUCCCUUUCAAAUAAAUUCUAUCUAUCUAUCUAUCUAUCUAUCUAUCUAUCUAUCUAUCUAUCUAUCUAUCUAUCUAUCUUUAUUCAUAUCUAUCUAUCUAUCUAUCUAUCUAUCUAUCUAUCUAUCUAUCUAUCUAUCUAUCUAUCUAUUACAACCUGUGUGUAUAUAUAUUCUAUCUUCAACCUGUUCCUAUCUAUCUAUCUAUCUAUCUAUCUAUCUAUCUAUCUAUCUAUUCAUUUUGUAUGUAUCUAUCUAUCUAUCUAUCUAUCUAUCUAUCUAUCUAUCUAUCUAUCUCAUUCAUUCAUUCUUUUAAUCUCAUUCGGUUUCUAUCUAUCUAUCUAUCUAUCUCCUUCUUUCUUUCAUUCUCACUUGGUUAUUAUCUAUCUAUCUAUCUAUCUAUCUAUCUAUCUAUCUAUCUAUCUAUCUGUUAGGAUAGUACUCCAUCAUAUAAGUAAUCUAUCUAUCUAUCUAUCUAUCUAUCUAUCUAUCUAUCUAUCUAUCUAUCUAUCUAUAUAUCUAUCUAUCUAUCUAUUUAGCAUGCUAGCUUUAUGCAUAUCUAUCUAUUACAACCUGUUUCUUUAUUCAUAUCUAUCUAUCUAUUACAUCCUGUUUGUAUAUAUAUUCUAUUUUCAACCUGCUCAUAUCUAUCUAUCUAUCUAUCUAUCUAUCUAUCUAUCUAUCUAUCACAACCUUCUUUCUUUCUUUCUAUCUCUCUAUCUAUUUAGCUUGCUAGCUUUAUUCAUAUCUAUCUAUUACAACCUGUUUGUAUCUAUAUAUAUUCUAAAACCUGCUCCUAUCUAUCUAUCUAUCUAUCUAUCUAUCUAUCUAUCUAUCUAUUAG